AUGCGCGCCGGCGCCACCGCGCCCACUCGACGGCGUGAGGCGGACGCACUGGCUAGUGGCGAAGUGUUUAAGGAAGGGUUGAUUAGGGAAAUGAGGGGGUGUUUAGAGGAAAUUUCGGGGUGGGUGGUAGUGAAAUUGGGCGCGGAGUGCGCGGGCGCUAGCCGAGGCUGCCGCGGGCUGUUUAGUGGUUAUGAUAUCGAG